ACAUUAUCCGAAAUUAGCUGCUGAAGUGAUACCAAAGUGCGCAUAUUACUCUGUUUACCCCAGUGUCGAUACAUGGUGUUAGUGAACCAUAAUACUCCCAUCUAACCAUAGCCGCGCGCAAAGUUGUGAACAGCGCCAUCUUUCGAUACUCAAAAUAAAUCUUAUCGAUUGCUUCCGGCAUUUCGACACAGUCAUGCCUGCAUCUAGGUGUGGUGGUUGCAAGAAAUAUAUGACGUCGAUAGAUGCCGCUACAUGCAUCAAGUGCAAUCGCAUACACCAUCGAGCUUGCGUUAGUCUGCCUGCAACGGGUUGUAUUCCAACGGACUGGUGUUGUCCGGAAUGCCAGAAAAACAAAGUUAGGGACAAUAAGGCGGAGACACCCGUAAGAGGAAUGGCAAAUUCGGUCCUUCCAAAGGAGCAGCUCUCUAAGGAACUGGUGGAUACCAGCCCGUUUAGUUGUACUGCGCUGGACGAGACUUCAACUUUUUCUCCGGACUUGGCUGUAGAACUUCGGAUGUUCAAGGAGGAACUUCGUGCAGAGUUUCGCCUCAUGCACAAAGAAUUCCUUCAAUUGCGGACAGAAGUGGCGCAGCUAAAAGACGCCCUAAAUAAUUCUGGCGAGCGUAUGGACGUGAUUGAGGCGCGAGUUGAAGCUCUCGAGCUGAAGCUUGAGCAGAAAAUCUUGCCGACCAAUAGCGAUUACGUCGAUAACACUAUCGCUGAAUUGAAGUGCCAGCUUAACGAGCGUGAUCAAGAACUGUUGCUCAACGACAUUGAGAUCACAGGAAUCCCGGAGAGUAAAGACGACAGCACGCUCCACCUCGUGAACGUUCUCGCAGUAAAGCUCGGCAUUACACUAGACGAGAGGGACGUCGUCCAUGCCGAACGAGUCGGAGCUACGCACCGCAACCGUGUGGUUGCCUUGGAUGGCAGUAUUGCUGCUGACCCCGCUGCGCAACGGCCGCGGAGUAUAUCGGUGCGCCUGGCGAGGCGCGCGACCCGCGACGCGCUACUGCGCGCGGCCCGAGUGCGUCGUGGCUUGAGUACGGAUGCACUCGAUAUGCCUGGGCCGCCGCACCGUGUCUACGUCAACGAGCGCCUCACGCGCACUAAUCGCCAGUUAUUUUAUCGCGCCCGCCAGGCAGCGAGUCUGCAUGGCUGGAAGUAUGUGUGGACAAGGGAGGGAAAAAUAUUGUGUCGCAAGGACGAUCGUUUGAAGGUAGAACGUAUUAGACUUGAAGAUGAUGUUACCAAAAUUUUUGGCUAAAGAUCGGUUUGAGGCUUAAGUUGUGUUUAAUUGUAGUUGUGCCUAAGAUUUUUCAUUGUACUGUCUUUUUAUUGUUAUUAUAUUUGUUUUCGUGUUUAUUUUCAUUACUCAAUUUUAUAUGUCUUCUAUAUUCACUUUUAAACUUGUUUUUCUUCUUAAUAAGUGUUGAAACCGAAUGGUGCGCAUAUCUUGCACUAUCGAAUGGGAGUCCUCUUGGAUUAAUUGUUGUCAACCCACUCUUAAUUUUUCUGCUCACAGCUACAUUGGUCUACAUUUUUGACCAAGUAAUAUUAUUGGCGCAUUGCUUGCACGUAUCACACACA